GUUUGAACCAUGUUCACCAUGGCCAUCAACAAUGGUGUGACGAACAAGGGGAACUCACCACUGGUUUAUUUAACGUUUGUAUUGGGCUGCCUGGUCAUGGUCCUGCUCCUGGUCAAUGUCUACUUCUUCAUGCUCUUGGGGAUUGGACAUGCCAGCAAUGCUCCAGAUAAGCCAGAUGAAUCAGAGAAGAAGGUCACGACACGACCGGUAAUUAAUUUUUUUUAAAUAUAAACUCUGACGUCAUUUGAAUCAAUCCAUUUUGUGAAUGACUUAACACAGCAACAACAUAAACAAGAUCAUAAACAAAGACUGAAGUUUAAUCUUAAGGUGACCAGCAUUUUUUUUUAAAUUCAACAUUCUAUCGCCUGACAUUUCUUAAACUACUUAUAUUUAACAACAUAAAUAAUGAUCCCACCAACGCCGCCCUCUGACCCGCCACCCUCUGACCCACCGCCCUCUGACCCAACGCGCUCUGACCCGCCGCCCUCUGACCCACCGCCCUCUGACCCACCUCCCUCUGACCCGCCACCCUUUGACCCACCGCUCUCUGACCCGCCACCCUCUUAUACACCACCCUCUGACCCACCGCCCUCUGACUCACCGCCCUCUGACCCACCACCCUCUGACCCACCGCCCNUCUGACCCACCGCCCUCUGACCCACCGCCCUCUGACCCACCGCCCCCUGACCCUUGCCUGGUUGAAACCGUGUCGUCGUCGCCCCCCCCCCCCGCUAUAAGUGCAAAGUCACAACGCCCUUGAAUCAGAACAAGGAAUAUAUAGAAAAAUAAAAGUAGCCUCUUUAGAGCUAUGUAAAUUUGUAUGCGAUUACCAUGUCACAUCUAUUAAUUUGGUUUCUAUGAAGCUGUACAAUAGAGAUAAGUUUAUCUUAAUGUUUUUAAAAAUUUCAUACACAAACAUUUGAUUUAUCUAGAAAAAAACAUGUGUCGAUAUAUUCCUCAACUUGGACCAUCAUCAAGUUUCAAUUAUUAAAUUGACUCGCGUUUUUUAAACAUCAUAAAUACGUUCCAUAAUUGCUAUUGGUUUAUAGUUUUAUCAGAAAUGUAACAUCACAAACAACAGCGUCCCUAUCUUGUUCUCUCGGGAAAGCAUUUCAAGUGUACAAUAAAUAAUGUCAUUUCUGCAUUGUCCUCCCCCCAUCCCAUCCCCCAGGUGUGCACGACCAAAGAGUGCGUCGAGAUAAGCGCCACCAUCUUAGGAAAGAUCGAUUGGUCAGUGAAUCCCUGCGUGGACAUGUACCAAUUUGCAUGUGGUCAACAUAACUCCAAGGAAUCAACUCCGUUGAACAUUCCAACUUUACACAUUUUCGUCAAUCGAUUCAAGGAGGAUAUAUCAAAGGUAAAGUAUUUUAAACUGGAUUGAUUUUGACCUCUCCCGGUAGCCAUCCACAGGAUCGGAUCAUUUAUAGUUUGAAAUAUAAGUCAGUGAAGUAACGUUUGAUUUAGGAUCUCUUAUAUGUCAAAACUUCAACGCACGUAUCAGAUAUUGGGUUAGGACGCCGGCAGAAAAAAAAAACAUAUUACCUCCGUUUCUUUAAGGCAAUUUAUUUCUCUCUAUCUGUGUACUGCAGUAGCGUAGCCCGGAGGUGGGGGGAAGGUGGGGUGGGCAUGGGUUUGUGAACGCCUGUAUGUUUGAUGUAGAGGGACGAAGCACCUUCCUUUACUUUUUCAUCUCUCAAACCCACUAUUUUCAUUAAAAAAAAAAAAAUCAAGGCCCAUUUUGGCGCCCUCAAUGUGUCUGGUGGCCAGGGACAUAUGUCCCCCCCCUGCCCCCUACUUAGCUACGACUCUGCAGAGACGUGCCGGUUUUACAUGGCCCACCCUGCAUUUAAUAGAAAAGUUGAUAUAAGAGUCGUUUCCAUCAUCUUUAUUUAAUACAAGUGCUACGCACUGCCUUCUAGUGUGAGAAAUUAAUCUCCUAUUUUAAAUUUAUGGCUCGUUCAAACAGUGCUUAACAGAGCCUAUACCAUAGAGAAAUACAAAUAACAAAAACACGACACUCAAAACAGUACCAAUUACAAAUCAUAAGAUUUAAUUUAGAGAUAUUACAAUUACAAAACAAAAGAAAUAUAAUUACAAAUCAUCAACUUACAGAGUAUGGGAAAGUCUUGUACCGGUGCACAAUGAGUACAAUGUGCCAAUUAAUAAUGAUGAAUGAUGAAUGCGAAUAAACACAUAUGAGUACACAGAGAAUAAUACACGUCGCGUGAAGUUAAAAAUAUCUCUGAAUCUAUCUGAAAUUCUGAAACCCCUUAAUUAUAUAAUGGGUCUGCCGACGCGUCUAGAAACGCCUUUGACAUUGUUUACGUUUCUCGUCAAAUCGAGAACGUUCCACAUGAUACAAGGAGACAAACUAACCAUGUUUUAUUGGUAGUCGGCAGUAAACACGACAUAUCAAAAUAAUAGGCCACGCCAAUCUAUGAACGUAAAUCUGCAAGGAAUCUAAUUUGGGGUCAAGCAAAGCUCACGGCACGGAAAAUUGUCAUCCAUAACAACAUGUAAAUAUCACCCGAUGUAAUAGGCAUGAUAAUGGUAGUCAGUUUGCGUUAAUAUCCACCUGCUAUUGCUAAAACGGACCCCAAUUCCGUAAUUUUUUUUUUUAAUUUAAAGUAUUUCUGCAAUGAUGUUUACAUUCCUAACAUCAUUAAAAAAAUUAAGAAGAAUUUUUCUGCCAAAUAUUAUUCGCCUAAUCUAGCCCAUUUCGCGCCACUGGACUAACAUAUUUAGUCUUCUACAAACACGUCCUUUAAAUUACCAAAUCUAAAUGAUCAUUAAUUAAAUCAAUGUUUCACUAAAUGAGUUCAUUUAUGGCUGAUUUCUACGUUAGAGAAAAACUUGAAAUGUCUUGUGUCUUUAAAUUGUUAGAUUUUGGACCUACACUACCUCUUUCUUUCCCAUAAACCAAUUUUGUUCUCUAAAAAUUGUGAAAACUUAUUCCUAAUGUAUAACAAAAAUUGUAUAUACCAUUUUAAAUAAACUUGAUAUUAACGGAAUUUGAUAUACAGUUUUCUUCAGUAAAAAUUGAACAAAAUUUUGCCUUUGUCUUCUACUAUAUUAUCGUAAAAUCCUAUAACUUAUAACAAAAAAUAAUUGUUUCUAAAGAAGUAUCUCUUCACCGUUUUUCCCUCUGUAACAGCCUUUGGUAUCUUGUUCUACAGAAAUGUAAUUAAUCUCAUCCAAAAUACACACCCACUUUACUUUUGGCAAAGUGAAUUUUUUUUUAAAAUGUCUUUUUCUCAAAAUUCCAAUUUUACGUGUGUUAGAUAAUUGCAUAUUGAUAUUCAUGGGCGUACUUAUUAUAGUGGACUAGCGGAAUAUACCAACUAGGUCAGCGCGCAUGCGCAGGACCUGUAGUGUGAGUCUGCAUGGACAGUGUGCUCCGGAGUCAAGCAUAGAGUCAACAUUAUUGGGAACUUGUGUUAUAUGUAUAUUUAUGUUAAUGUUUAUUGUUGGAAAUAAAAACAUAUUAAAAACUCUGUACAAGCCAGUACAACUCAGUACCAUCCAGUAUAGUACGCAGUCAUGGGCGCCCGCAGAAAACUUUCUAGGGGGGGGGCAAAAAAAUUUUUAGUAAUGUUUUAAUAUAGUUUUAAUUUACUGUAGCGUAUGGUGAACGAACGGACAGGACAUCAGCUUAGUUACUUUCUCUUUAUUUUCUCUUUACUUUAAUAAAUUGUUGGUCUAUUUUUGUCUAAAAAAAUUGUAUCCAAUCAAUCCAAGGGGGGGGGGCAAGUGCCCCCUUUGCCCUUACCUGCGGGCGCCCAUGUACGCAGUAAGUAGUUUUUGAAGAAAUCAAUCGACUAGUAUUAGACCGGUACACGGACCUCACGUAACUGAAGAUAUAUACGAAUAAUAGCGAAUUCAACUCUGACCCAGAUAAUACUAAUCCAAAAGCUUUUACAGCAAAAUGAAGUAAUGUUGAAGUUAGCAACAGGGAAUAUGAUUAUUCCGACUAAAUUUACAAGUUUCAAUAGUAAUGAAGAAACCUUCAAUGACUAUUACGCUAGAUAUGUGACUUUUGAGUUAGCAAACAAUGUGCCGAAGGAAAAACAAGAACACUUUUUCCUAGCUAACCAAACAUCGGAACUCCACAAAUUGUUAUCAACACGGGUAAAACAGAGAGACCCACCACAAGGCUUAAAUCAAUGGAAGAAGUUUAUCUGUUAAUGAUGAAACAUUUUGAUCCAGAGAAAGAUUUCAGGUUUGGUCGGAUUCAAGUAGAAACCAGGGGUGAUAAUCAAGGAAUCGACAGCUAGCAUAAGACAGGAAGCAGCAACAUGUGAGUUUCGUAAUUUAAAAAAUCCACUGAAUGAAGCUUUAAGGACAAGAUUUAUGUUUUCUUUCAAGAAUGAAGCUGUACUAAACUUUUUGUUUAGAAUAAAGGACACUGAAUUAUCAUUUCACAAAGCAGUUGAAAUAGCUGUUGAAACAGAAGAGGCAGCUAAGUGUGCCAAGGAAACUGUCCAUGAAGAAACUUCCGUCAAUAAAGUUCAGACUAAAAGAAAUAAACAACAUCAGGCAGCAAAACAAUUUUCUCCGUCUCAAAGACAUCAUUUACCUGUCGGAACGUGUGCCAGGUGGGGAGGAAAAGAACAUACAGGAAAUGUCGGCAAGUAUAAAGACAUGAUCUGCCACUUUUGCCCCAAGAGGGGACAUCUGUAAAGAGUUUGUCUUUAUAAGAAAGAGAAUGCUCCAAAACAGAAAUCAAUUCAUCUCAAAGGAAUGAGAAGUCAAAAACAAAUAAAAAAAUAUCCCACCAAUUAUUCAAAAACUCAUUUUACUAGGAAAGAGAUUUACUUUCGAAAGUGAUACUGGAGCCGGAGAAAAUUUUAUGCCUGAAUCUGUUUGGCGAAAGCUGGGACAGCCAACAUUGAGCCCAGUAUCUGUUAGGUACGAGUCAAUGUCUGGUUACCUGCUUAAUGUUUGUUUUUUUGUUUGUUUGUUGUUGUUUUUUGUUUGUUUUUUUUUUGGGGGGGGGGUGUGAAGAUAAACGCUGAUGCAAGGGAAUUAUCUACACAUCUGUCAUUUGUAGUAGUAAAAGAUCACAACUUUGUUGUUAAAUUUGUUGGGGGGCAGCGCAAUAAGGAACCUGAAUAUUUCACUAGACAACCUUUUUUUCAAACACAGGUCAAUCACACUGGGAAUCAAAACAAGUGGAUAAGAGUGCAGUGUGGAAAAAUGCAUAUUUGCCCAGCAAUCGCUUGAAAAUUUAGGGCAUACAUUAUCAAGCAAUGGCAUAUCAAAAGGAACAAAAGUAGAUGCAGCUAUAACCAUGCCGGCACAAACGGAUAUUUACAGUCUACUGUCAUUUCUUGAUCAAGUGCAGUUUUACAACAAGUUCUUAACAGACCUAUCAACUGUACUUGAGCCACUGUAUUAUUUAACUAAAAAGAACGUAUCAUGGAACUGGAAAACAGAACAAUAAAAAUAUUUUAGGAAAGUCAAGCAAUUGCUUUCUUCUGAUACAUUUCUCGCUCACUAUGACCCAACUCUAGACAUAGGAAUAGCCUGUGACGCCUCUAAUGUUGGUAUAGGAAGUGUUCUGUUUCACAGAUAUCAUGAUGACAGUGACCGCCCUAUUGCUAAUAUUUCAAAAACUCUCACUGGGUCAAAACGCAAAUGUAGCCAGACUCAGAAGGAAGCACUGUCAAUUAUUUUUGCACUAUCAAAGUUCCAUCAACAUCUGUAUAGAAGAAAGUUUGUUUUGGUUAAUUUUUUUAACCGGGUAUCUUAAAUAGUUCUUGUGACAGGUCUCGAAAAAGAAUUGCAAAAGACAUCUAAAUUGGUCGCCUAAAUCAUAAAAGUAAACAGAUCAGCUAAAAAAUUAUAAUACAAGCCAGUGAUGGAUGAACACACUUGUUAUGCCGUCAAUAAAAAUGUUUAUGAACAUGUUAUUGAUGAAUUUCAACAUAUGAAUCAAUUGAAAAAACAUAGGGUUCCUUAACUUUUUGAGGGGUUAAAUUAAACUAAAAUACUAGGGAAAAUAUUUCCCUAGGAUUAUUCAAUAUUAUUCAACUUUGCCUAUGACAAUAUUGAUGAGCAUGAUAAUGAUAAAUCACAAUGAAUAUCACAAAGGGAUGAAUUGAAUAAACCUAGGGUUCAAAAUUUUAUUUUUGAAAUAUUAAAAUCAAAAUAAUGAUAUGAGUUUCACUAUUCCACUAGUUUUUCUACCUCAAAACUUUUUACAUUUGCCUAGGCGUAAUUGAAAUUUAAUUUUUCGGAGAUUGUUACGCACUGACUUGUAUUGGGAGAAAUUAAUCUCCUAUUUUAAUUUUAAUUGGCUCGUUGUAAACAAUGCCUAACAAAGGACGAUACCAUUGAGUCAACAACCUUAAAGAUACGACACCCAAAACAGUUUCUAGUUACAAUUAAUUAAGAUUUAUUAAGUCUUAAGAUAAUUACAAAAUAAAAGAAAAUAUAAUUACAAUCUUCAACUUACAGUAUGGUAGAUCUUGUACCGGUACACAGUUAAUACAGUUAGAUAAUGUGCCAAUGAAUAAGGCGAAAUAAACACAUAUAAGCUCACAAAUACACAAAGAAUAAAACACGCCUCGUAAAGUUAAUAAAAUCUAUCUGAAUCUCCGUCCCUCCGUCCGUGCCUGAAAACCCCAAGUCACUUUCGGUUUGACCGAAACCGAAACUAAACUUACUUUCGUGGUUAAAAUAAGAGACAUUUUUUGAUUUAAAUUCGCCUUCUUGAUAUUUUAAGGAACAAAUGCCUUUUUACUCUGAUCUUCGUUUAGAUCUUAUCAUCCCAUGAUACCCGUUUGUAUGGCAGAGAAUCGAGUGCCCUGGCCAAGAUGAAAAAGUAUCACCGAUUAUGUACAGAUGAAGAACGUAUUAGUCUUAAUUUCAAGUCCAAAAUCUUGCAGGCACGUAAUAAUAUUAUUGGCUUUUUUUUUGUCCGCAUAGUCCUCAAACAGCAAACGUGCUUUCUCCAGAUGGACCAAGCCCACCCGUCUGUCACGGAACAUGGUAUGGUCACAUAGACAACGUGUUGUAGUGUGGUUGACUGGUGAAGCAUACUAGCAUAGUGUGAUGUAAGAAAUCAAAGACCAGGGCAAGAGAAUCCAAUUCAUUCGUUUUCCUCAGUGCCCAGGAAUCAUUUUGUUUCCUCUCAGCACAUGUAUACCGGAGAUGGGAAUAGAACCAAUCCCACAACGAACAUAUAUAAUUCGAAACAUGCCGACGACUAAAUCCGCACAAAAACGAAAUCUGCCGGCCACCGAACCCGAACAAAACCGAAUCCUCCCGACGACUAAACCCGAACAAAAAUGAAAUGACUUUAACUUUAAGGUCCCUGAGUACGAACCAUUCCCUACGUCUUAUCGCAAAAUUAUUAGAACCACCGCUGACGUCACUGUUUUACGAAUGUGGAACAUCACUACUGACGCCAGAAAAGCUUACAGCUAUAUAAUCCGAAUUCAAAACAAAUUUGUAAACCAAAAUAACCUUUUUUUAAAUCAGCCCUUACUCAACUGUCCCCUUUCUCCCCACCCCCGGGCCGAUAUCCUUUCUAGCUUGAUAUAGUAUUAAUAUGUGACAAAUGAAACAACCUUAUUGGCCGACUCUUUGCAAUCCAGUGCCUUCCACAGCCAGCCCUAGCCAUCCUUCCACAGCCAGCCCUAGCCAUCCUUCCACAGCCAGCCCUAGCCAUCUUUACACAACCAGCCCUAGCCAUCCUUACUCAUUUAUCUCUAAAACCCUUAUAUACUCAUCCCAAAAACCUUUACAUACUCAGCCCGAAAAACCUUACACCCUCAGCCCUGUGGUGGAUAAUUAUGAAAAACAGAAACAAUAUGAUAGUCUAGAACAUCUUUCCUCCUAGCCCCUGCAGAGGUUAUGUGUUGUAUGUUUCAAGUAACAAAACAAACGAUGAACAGAUAUAAAUUCGUUAUUAUUUACUGGCUUCAUAUGCAUGACAUACAUACGAUAUAAUCACUUGUGUUCAGAUAACAUAGGCGAGUCUAGAAAUCCUAAACAUGCUAUAACAAAAAAAUAUAGCUAACCACUCCUAGCGAAAUGUAAUAAUUUCCUCUUCCAUCCAUAGCAAUGGUCACUUUUCACAGGACAUCCACAGCAAUCGCUCCUGUCUCUCUCAACCCACUAAAAUUACACACACUUUUUUACUCUCACGUGGUUUGUAUUCCACACACCACCACGGUCAUACGUGGCUGGGAAAACUCGUGGGAUUAAUGGGGGAAAACUAAAGGGAACUCCACUAUCGCUCUCUCACACAACAUCGCAAACAGACCCAGAACAACAUAAUGUGAUCUGACCGUGAAAAAGCCAUAAAACCCUUCCAUACUCAGCCCCAGGUACCCCAAUCCACUCAGCCUUAAACACCAAGAGAUGCCCAGUCCUUGACACACUUAAACACCUUCAAAUAAAUCGUGGUGGGACUCGUCAGCCUUGGGCGAACGCUCAUGUUAGAGAAGGUGAGCUCCGAUCAAAGCCGACAGGGGAAUAACGGUGAUCAACUGACCCGAGACGAACAAAUAUUGCUGUAAAAGUCGAAUUAGUUGAAGCUCGUCAAAUGCACCAAACCGCGACGCCUUCGUGGUACACGUGAAGCAAACUAAAAACAAAAAGUUAUUGUUUUAUUAUUUGACAUGAACAUUAAAUACUAGGGCUGACCCGGGGGGUGGGGGGAGGGGGUUGUUUUUAUAAUCCAGUACGGGUAUUUUGAAAAAAUAGCCGGUUGGGUCCAAGUGUUAAAAAAAGUUAACUUCCCUUUUUCAUAAUUUAUCAUAAUAGUUCCACAGACAGUCCUACACAAUACCUGCCGGCAUUUAGACAAUAGUCCUACAGACAGUUCGACAUCAUACCCGUGGCACUUUUUUUUUAUUUCCGUGAUAUAGUAGUCGCCUCCGAAAAGAUUUAACCAUUUAACCUCAGUUCAACCGUCACGCAUGACGCUCGUUGCUUGAUUACUUUUUUUUUUAAAAACUCAGUAAAAUUAAUAUAAAACGUAUUGAAUAGUGGGAAGGCCAGUUGGGUAUAGGACGCAGUCACAUCAGAAGCGAAAUAUAUUUAAGAGAUAAAAAAAUUAUAUCAUUGUGUCAAUAAUCUGUUGCAGAAUGCUCCAAGAAUAAUGAAAUAUGUUUCGUAAAUCUAAACCAUUGCACUGUUUACAUUCACAGCUUAUAAGUGACGCAGGAUCUUGGACUCUGACAGAAGAAAACGUCAAGCCAUUUGAAUCAUCGACAUGGAGCUUGCAGAAAACGCUGGUCAAGAUGAAUAAAAUGGAUGUGUGGCCGUUGUUUAAGGUUGAGGUGGUCAAAAGAUGGAGAGAAGUGGGAAGCAGUACUCCAGAACACUUUAUCGCCGUAAGCUGUUUGCGAUUCUCGACUUGCUUGUUGAAUGUAUAAUUUCUUUUCAGCUGUUUGUUGUAUUUGUAAAUCUAAGUUAUUGUAAAGUUUCUUAAAGGCCGUUUGUUUUACUUAUAAAUCUAAGUUAUUGUGAAAGUUUGGUUUGGAUCCUAAAAGAACUUUUGUAGAGAUAUUAUAAAAGCUAACCGCAAGUCUCUGCUCAAGCCUUGCAUGUUGUAGAGAUAAGAUCUAACCGCAAGUCUCUGGUCAAACCUUGCAUGUUGUAGAGAUAAGAUCUAACCGCAAGUCUCUGGUCAAACCUUGCAUGUUGUAGAGAUAAGAUCUAACCGCAAGUCUCUGGUCAGGCAUUGUAUAUUGCAGAGAUAAGAGCUGACUGCAAGUCUCUGGUCAAACCUUGUAUAUUGUAGAGAUAAGAGCUGACUGCAAGUCUCUGGUCAAACCUUGCAUGUUGUAGAGAUAAGAGCUGACUGCAAGUCUCUGGUCAAACCUUGCAUGUUGUAGAGAUAAGAGCUGACCACAAGUCUCUGGUCAAACCUUGCAUGUUGUAGAGAUAAGAGCUGACCACAAGUCUCUGGUCAAGCCUUGCAUGUUGUAGAGAUAAGAGCUGACCACAAGUCUCUGGUAAAGCCUUGUAUGUUGUUUUUCCAAUCCUUUAAAACAUUUGUCAUUGAAUCUUUGGCUUAUUCGGGCCAUUUUAAUGGAUCGGGGGGGGGGGGCACAUUUCAUGUUGGAAAAAAUAUAUUUAAACUGUUGAUUAAUUCUUAAGCCUGGCCAAACUGUUUAUUACUAACCAGUGUCUUGCUCUUUGUUGAUUAGGCAUUUCAAUAUCUAGGCGCUGCAUUUUCCAAAUAGUUCACAUUAUAUUUGAAAUUUAUAUGAAUGCUAAGACGUCAUUAAAUCUAAUCUUGUUUAGUUUUCACGCCCAGUACAUGGCAAGCAAUGUUCCCUUUAAGCUGCGCUACUGUGCGGCAGCGCAGCUAUCUCACAGACGCCGCUCAUCAGUUUUGAGUAUCCGCGCAGCAAAUUUCUAUGUAAUUGUCUAAAUUGUGUGUUUAUGGGCUUGAAAAAUUUUGCACACAAAAAUUGAUGCCGUAAAACUUUGCACACAACUGUAUGAUUUUGCACACGAACUAGCAAACCUUAGAGGGAACAUUGAUGGCAAGUCUAAUAAUGUUCUAGUAUUUGUUGGGUAGAUCUUGCAUUCAGUCAAAGUGCUUCGUUUUGAGACCAAGAAUGCUGGAUGUGACCUACAGGUCACACUGUUCCCCACCCACUAAUCUAAAGAAACAUCAAAUGCCUUCCAACAAUCGGCACUCACCAUUUGGAAUACUACUGUCCACAGAACCACCCCUCUAAUUACCCAUGAACUACAAAAGCAGCUCCUAAAAUGUAUGAGAAACGAAGUUCUUCUAAUAAGUAAAUAGUGCUAUAAUUGUCCCCGUAGCGUCUAUUGUUGGGCUCCGAGGAGGACAAGCUUAGGCCAGUGACCUGCGGAUUCUUUCAGAAUUUACAUUUACCAUAGAUACAAAACUAGUUCCCCAUGUAUGCUAACACUUAUUUAUGUAUUCAAGUCUAAAUUCAACUACACAAAGUAGUCCGAUAUUUGUAAAUAUUUAAAGUGUAUGUUGUCUAAUUUAGCUCAAUGUAGGUAAAUGGAGUUCGUUUGAAACUGGGAUUUACGAUGAAAAGAAAAUUGAAGAGCUCGCUCACUUAACUGCAGCGCUGGGCGGAGACCCCUUGACAGUGAGACAGAAAAUAAAACAGGUCUUGGAAUUCUCAACGGAGCUCAUAUCG